UCCAAUCCAAACAGCCCUCGUAUCGCGCACCAGGGCAAUAGCCGCCGAAAAGACCUGAAACUCCAUACCCCAGCCAGACUCGUCUUUCCUCUCCCCGGCCGACGCACGAUGCCGCCCAGAUCGGACCACGCCGCCGGCGCCGAGGCCGCCGGAUCCGACUUCGAAUCGAUCGACCCCCUCUUCCACGUCCUUCGCGUGCUCCCCUUCUCCUUCCUCCGGCCGCCGCGCACCCGCCUGAGGCUGCCGUCCAAUCUGGCUCUCCCCUCCCAGAUGACCGCCUUCUCCCUCAUCCUCCUCACCUACUUCGCCGUCGUCUCCGGCCUCGUCUACGACGUAAUCGUCGAGCCCCCCGGCAUCGGCAGCACGCAGGACCCCGCCACCGGCGCCGUCCGCCCCGUCGUCUUCCUCCCGGGGCGCGUCAACGGCCAGUACAUCAUCGAGGGCCUCUCUUCCGGAUUCAUGUUCCUCCUUGGCGGCAUCGGCAUCAUCCUCCUCGACCUCGCCGUCGACCGUACCAGGCCCCGGAGCCUCCGCGUCUCCUUUGGCGGCGCGGGCGCCGCCGCGGUCGUCGUCGCCUACGCCAUGGCCAUGCUCUUUCUCCGCAUCAAGAUCCCCAGCUACCUAUGGUGAUUGGUGAGGCUGAGAAAUCCUACCGAUUAAUUUGACCAGAUCCGUUGCUAGAUCUCUCUACAUCCAGAUAGAUCUGCUUACUGUGGUUGUGGUUGAUGGAACUAGCGUACUACUCUUUUAAUUCUGUUCAUGAUACCAUAGGAUGUUGUAUGAUGAGGACUCUGAUUGUUGGCUUAGAAUUAUCAUUUUGAAAUGGUUAUAAACAGGGCUUUUCUCGGUAUUUGAUUCA